AACUUCAUUAAUAGGAAGAAUUCCUACUCGUAUUUACUUCCCCAGCACCAUUGGUAGCAUGGCUAGUCACGGCAUUCCCCGCCAGAGCGUCACGACAGAGGUAGAUACUGAACAGACCCAAAAACAAGUCCGAACAUACAGGGACUUGGAACGCUCUGUGCAUGAGAAGAUCGCUGAACAUAAAUAUACCUGUGACACCUUGGAUCAAGUAUGCGAACUAUUGAAGAAGAAUCCAGAAUAUUAUACGAUAUGGAAUUAUCGACGACUCAUACGCCAGCAUGACUUUGCUCAAACUACCUCCGAGUCAUCUGGUCAACCCGACGCGGGUGAAAUUGUGCCUAUCAUCAAAUCAGAUUUGGAGUUUCUCUUCCCAUUGCUCCGCUCUUUUCCAAAAUGUUACUGGAUCUGGAACUAUCGGCUCUGGAUAUUGAAUGAAGCCAAGAGACUACUACCAAAGCAACUUGCUCGACAAUUCUGGGAGGGAGAAUUGGCUCUAGUAGGAAAGAUGCUGAAUGCGGACAGUCGCAACUUUCAUGGUUGGGGCUAUAGAACCUUUGUGAUCGAGGCGUUGGAAGAUCUAGCCGACGACGACAAAGAGAGCAUCACACAGGCGGAGAUAGAUUAUACGACCAAGAUGAUCAAGACUAAUCUAUCGAAUUUCUCAGCAUGGCAUUACCGAACUAAGGCUAUUCAGAAGCUUCUCGAUGAGAAGAAUGCAAGUGAUCAAGAACGAAGACAUGUUUUGGAACAAGAAUUGGAGUUAUCCCAUAAUGCUCUCAUAGAUCCGUACGAUCAGUCACUUUGGUUCUAUCAUCAGAAUCUAAUGUGCGUGUUCGACCCAUCGCUGGCCGACCGUACGCUGGCACGGGGCCUAUCGAAUUCGGAGCGAUUACGAUAUGUUCAAGAAGAGAAGGAAUUGAUCAACGAAAUGCUUGAAGACUACACAGAUUGUAAAUGGAUAUACCAGGCUUUGGUGGAUUGUAAUUUGAUCGCAGCGAAGAUUGAAGGAACAAUGUCUGCAGAGAGCCGAGCCGAGGUUUUGGGUUGGCUCAAGUCCUUGAAUGAAUUGGAUCCUUUGAGAAAGGGGCACUGGAAAGAUAUUGAGAAUCAAGUGAUGUGACUUUCUGACUUGAAAUUGGAAAUAGCUUCGUCUUCCGCGCCCGAUAAUAUGAGAUUUUACGCCUGCGAGCCAAAACCAAGACUAUUUCCACGCCCGGGCAAGCCUAAGCGACAGCCCGUUGUUCCGGGUGGAUCAGCCGUUGUUUCAACUUGUUUGGUACCUGGCCGACCCCUGGCUAAGCAAGCACUAGCUAGCAGUUAAGCUAUUGGAUUAGCGACUGUUCCCAAGAUUGGAGGCUGAACGAGGCUUGACUAGCAUCGAUCAUGAAUUGUUGUGCUCCGUUAUUCCAUAUUUGAGACUUAAGCCGGGCAAGAAACGAAUCAUUUUCAUUCGUCCCAUGUUUCACGAAUUUGCAUCAAAUGGUCGAGAGAAAA